GCUGUUGUGAGGUUUUUUUUCAUGCGAAAACAUUGGUGCCCAAAUUGCCAACUGCAAGAUUAACUUUUCAUACUCACAUUUUAAUAAUCCUGCCUAUACGACUGACACAGACUCCUUUGGAUCUGUUACUUUCCUCGUUCAUUUCUCCCUUCCUUCAUCACGAUGUCGGUCACGACGACAGCAAACCCUAUCACCUAUACUCUCCAAAGCACGCUACAGGAUUACGAGGUUCACAUCUCUGGAAACGACACCAACGAGGCCAAUAUUGAUGCGUCGCUGAAUCCGUCCUCAACAACAACACUCGUCCAGAAUCCUCCUGGUUGGCCCCGUGACCACAAUCGCAUCCCCAACUAUCGCCCAUUAAAUCGCCAGUUAAACUUUGAGGAACGUCCCAACGGAAGUAACGGGAUCGAACGCGCAUUCCUAUUUGCCAUGUUUACAGGAGUCGCUUUAAAUGCAGGUAUGGCCCAGACGUGGGGCAGUACUGGAGGAAAAGUAUUUACAAAGGUCUUUCGUUACGCGAUUGGGGGGGAAUGGUAGACUGCUAUUUAGAGUAUCUAAGGAGCAAAUUAUUAAACUGAUC